AUGGCUCCGAACUUCUUUUUGGAGGCUAAAAUUCCUGAUGGAUCCCUUGCUGUUGCUACACGACAAGCAUGUUACGAUGGCGCACUGGGAGCUGAUUCAUCAUGGUGGUACACUCAAGCUAUACGCUAUCAUGUCAGCGAGUCUGGGGAUCAGAGUCAACCCCGGGGCUUUGUGACCCUACUCAAUGCUUGGGGCAUGACUAGGAACUUUGGAGACCUUUCGACAAGGAGCAUCGGCAUGCCGAAAUGCUUGAGACUGCGCAAAGGAACAGAGGCAUGA